CACUUCCUGUUUGGAGGCGAGCGAGGAGCCCUUGCUGCUCACUUACGUUCUCACUCAGCUCUUUUUCUUUUUCUCCAAAUGAGUGAAGCCCCAAACUCACUCGUGUAAUGAGCGCAGUCUGUCGCUCGAGUUUAUUCUCAUCGUUUCCUGUGCGAGGGAGGCCAUUUUGUAACGCUGAAGAAACUUUUCGGAGCCGUUCUCUCACUUUCUCUUGAUUUGGUUUCACAUUCAAUUGUGGACUUUUCAUCAGCGGAGGAAAAGUGCCAGCAAAGAAGAAAAAGGAGGAGGAAGAGCAGGCUCCUUUUCCCUCCCCGAGUUGAGGGUGUGUGUUUCUCACGCUUCUGUAAAGUAGAGAAGACACCGUGAAGGGAGGGCAGAAAACACUUGCUGCAGAGAGGGAUCCCUUCCUUGAUUCCACAGGGAGGCUGGGACUAUGCUCCGUGUGAGCCAGUGAAUAAGCGUGAUUUCCCCCCGAGAGUGUUGAGAGCUUCAUCACACAGGUUUCGAGGAUGGCGCACGCCAGCCCCUGCAUACCCUCAGGACCGAUCUUCUUUCCGCCGGGGGCCUCCUCUCUGCACGGUUCGACUGCAGUGAGCCCCGUCCCCGCGGCCAGCGUGUCCCCCCAGGGUGGCUUCAACGUGAUGGACUUGACCCACGGGCUGGGUGCAUCGGGGGGUGGCGCGAUGGCUUCGGUGACCCCGACUCCUUCAGGGGUGUCCUUCAGCAUCCAGAUUGGCCUGACGCGAGAGUCGGUGCUGAUGCCGCAAAGUGCAGACUUGCCCUUCGUGAAACAAAUGGCCUGUUCCAUUGUUGACACCAAGUUCCCAGAGUGUGGCUUCUAUGGUAUUUACGAUAAGAUUUUGCUGUUUAAGCACGACACGUCAACCAACAACAUCCUGCAGCUGGUUAAAACUGCAGGUGACAUUCAGGAGGGAGAUUUGGUGGAGGUGGUGCUAUCCGCGGCAGCCACAUCGGAAGAUUUCCAGAUUCGACCCCACGCUCUGAACGUCCACUCCUAUCGUGCCCCGGCCUUUUGCGAUCACUGCGGAGAGAUGUUAUUCGGGCUGGUCCGACAAGGGCUCAAGUGCGAUGGCUGUGGGCUGAAUUACCACAAGCGCUGCGCAUUCAACAUUCCAAACAACUGCAGAGCUCGGAAAAGACGCCUGUCCACUACCUCCGUGAACAGUGGCCAGUCCCUGCGGCUCUCCACCAGCGAGUCCGUUCACAGCCUCGGGACCACAUCUACCUGCACCGAGGACUCCGGACUGGUCCGCUCGCACACGCAAAUGCCCCGGACGCCGAGUGAGUCCCGGCGCUUUUACACGGGCCGUCCCGUACAUUUGGACAAAAUCCUAAUGAGCAAGGUGAAAGUGCCGCACACGUUUGCCGUCCACUCGUACACGCGUCCCACGGUGUGCCAGUACUGCAAGAGGCUCCUUCGAGGCCUUUUCAGGCAGGGCUUGCAGUGCAAAGACUGCAAGUUCAACUGCCAUAAACGCUGCGCGUACAAAGUCCCUAACGACUGUCUGGGCGAAACCAUCGGAGAAAACAGAGGUAACAGCGAUAUGUUGAGUCCCAGUGCUGACCCCGAGGUGCCCAUGGACUACACCAGCGAUUACGACGCCUCGGACAAGUCAUCCAUGGACGACUCUGACGAGGCCUGCAGCAUCCCGGGCUCCUUUUCUCCAGAGAGCAAGCAGGACGGAGUCAGUGCAGACCAGAGUGUUUACAUUCCACUCAUGAGGGUGGUCCAGUCCGUGCGGCAAACAACUCGUCGAUCCAGCACAGCUAUCAAGGAGGGAUGGAUGGUUCACUACAGCAAUAAGGACACACUGAGAAAGAGACACUACUGGCGUCUGGACUGUAAGUGUAUCAUCCUUUUCCAGAACAACACCUCAAACAAAUACUACAAGGAGAUCCCUCUAUCGGAAAUCCUGGAAGUGCGACCUGCCGGCAACUUCACCUUGGUACCCUCCGGUACAAACCCGCACUGCUUCGAGAUCAUCACGGGCACCAUGUGCUACUUUGUGGGGGAGGACCCCAACACCCUUACACCCCUGUCCCCCCAGCACGCCUUCCCCCAGUCCCCCCCAUCCCCCAGCCAAGUGGCGCCCAACAGCGGCAUCGGCCGGGAGGUGGCCAAGGCGUGGGAGAGCGCCAUCCGUCAGGCCCUUAUGCCCGUCAUCUUCCAGGAUGCCCCGCCGGCCGAGGGACACACCACACACAGACAAGCCUCCGUCAGCAUUUCUGUGUCUAACAGUCAAAUCCAAGAAAAUGUGGACAUUGGUACAGUGUACCAGAUAUUUGCAGAUGAAGUUCUGGGGUCAGGGCAAUUUGGAGUUGUGUAUGGAGGAAAGCACCGGAAGACCGGGAGGGAUGUGGCCGUCAAGGUUAUCGAUAAGCUCCGCUUCCCGACUAAGCAGGAGAGCCAGCUGAGGAACGAGGUGGCUAUCCUGCAGAGUUUGCGCCACUUGGGCAUCGUAAAUCUGGAGUGCAUGUUUGAGACGCCGGAGAAGGUGUUUGUUGUCAUGGAGAAGCUCCACGGCGACAUGCUCGAGAUGAUCCUCUCCAGCGAGAAAGGCCGACUGCCUGAGAGGCUGACCAAAUUUCUCAUCACUCAGAUCCUGGCAGCCUUGCGACACCUGCACUUUAAGAACAUCGUCCACUGCGAUCUCAAACCCGAGAAUGUGCUGCUUGCUUCUGCUGAUCCUUUCCCCCAGGUAAAACUGUGUGAUUUUGGCUUUGCCCGAAUCAUCGGGGAGAAGUCGUUCCGUCGCUCGGUGGUCGGCACGCCGGCCUACCUGGCCCCGGAGGUCCUGCUGAACCAGGGCUACAACCGCUCGCUGGACAUGUGGUCCGUCGGCGUCAUCAUGUACGUCAGCCUCAGCGGGACGUUCCCUUUUAACGAGGAUGAAGAUAUCAAUGACCAGAUCCACAAUGCUGCCUUCAUGUACCCUUCCAACCCUUGGAAACAGAUCUCCUGCGACGCCAUCGACUUGAUCAACAACUUGCUACAAGUUAAGAUGAGGAAGCGCUACAGUGUGGACAAGAGUCUCAGCCAUGCUUACUUACAGGACUAUCAGACAUGGUUAGACCUGCGAGAGCUGGAGACCAAGCUAGGCGAGCGUUACAUCACCCACGAGAGCGACGAUAGCCGCUGGCAAUCGUUCGCCCACCAGUACACAUUGACGUACCCCGCUCACCUCGUGGCCCCGCCUCCCGCGCACGCCUCGGACGACGACGAGGGCAGGGACGACACGGAUGUGCAAGGCCUCACCGAGCGAGUCAGCAUCCUCUGAAGGUCCACCAAGUGUUGGGGUGAAGUUGUUCUCCUAACAGUGUUUACACAGUCGUCACCAUUAUCAGCUGUAUGACAGCGCUUCAAUUUCUCAAGUCGGCAUUCUCAUUCAAAUGAUUGAUCUCUUUUAAUUGCUGUUUGAAAUGUUGAAAAGUUUUGCGGGUCUUUGCAGAUAACCAGCAAAAUAAAUGAAACGUACUGUAUAUCUGAUUUAUAUCCACAUGUAUGAAAGUGGCAGGGGUCACAUUUGGAAAAAAUCGGAAUUAUUCUGUUGACAUUGACAAAAAACAGAUAAAUGACACAUGAAAUUGACCUGCAGUACGACCGUAGCUUACGUUACGGUCCACCGUGUUCUCGCUAACAUUAGCCCAAAAAUGUCAGCAAGCUCACAAAUUCUGCUGUUUGCAUGUACAUUGUCUGCUUGCCGGAAAGUGCGGGGUGCAUUUCUUGCAGUUUGGCUUCUAUUUAAAACCAUAGUGAAUAAUGAAGGUUUAAUGGCAAAUCUAAUUUUGUUUGGUGAAAUGAAGCCGUCUCAAAGGUGAUAUUGACUCAUAAAAGAUGUAAAAACGACAAUAUCUUCCCACUUGUUUGCUUCAUAACCCCUCAAAGAAAACAUUUGGAUUGGUCAUGUAAAAUAAUCAUUUGAAACACUCCCACCUAAUGAUCAAAAAAUAGCAAUUCCUUGUUUUCAUGUGGUGCUUUCACCUGACUCAAGCUUUGUGCCGUUGUGGUCAUUCCCACAAAGUGAAUGCCCAUAAUGGUCCUGUACAACUGGAAGUAUUGAUUAGGUGACAGCACAUCUUCCUGUAAUUAAUACAAACCACAAUCAUAAACUUUAGAAAUUCAAAAUGUUUCUGCCAGGAAACAGGGGCAGCGCUUGUAUUUCUCAUCUCUCCCAGCAUUCACAAGAACGCCUUUUUUGUUUUAAGGACCUAUCUUUUGUGGUUGGUGUGAAUGUAGCUAGAUGAUCUAGUUUCUGCCAUGUCAAUAAGGUUGCAUGUUUUCGCAUAGUACAAUAUUGUAGAUUCAAUGUUGUUUUUAUUGUAAUAGCCCACCGCUAGCAUGUGUACCCUGAAGUUAGUGUCGUGUCCAAUUUUUCGACAAAAAGUGGACGAUGAUGAUGAUGAUGAUGAUGCUAGACUUUGUAGCACAAUACAAACCAAGAGAAUAGUC